AUCAAUUCGCUGCAUCAGAAUAUGAUACAGCGCAACUAUAUGAUAAUGCAUCCGGCUGUGGGCGCGGAUGGCGCCGAUCACAACAGAAGUCUGAAGCGCGCCUAUUUAACCAACACAAGCAUCACCUGCAACGAUGGCACCCACGCCGGAUUCUAUCUGCGCAAGCAGCCCAACUCCAAGAAGUGGAUUGUGUUUCUGGAGGGCGGCUGGCAUUGCUACAACAAUCGCAGCUGUCGUGCGCGCUGGAUGCGUCUCAGACACUUAAUGACGUCAUCGCAGUGGACAGAGACAAGAGAUGUGGGCGGCAUUUUAUCGCCACAUGCUGAGGAGAAUCCUUACUGGCAUAAUGCUAACCAUGUGCUGGUGCCGUACUGCAGCAGCGACUCCUGGUCAGGCACACGCAUUGAGCCGGAAACGCCGGAGCGUGAGGGCAGCUGGCGCUUUAUGGGCGCCUUGAUAUUGCGCCAGGUCAUUGCCGAUCUUAUACCGCUGGGUCUGGGACGCGUGCCGGGCGGCGAGCUGCUGCUGGUGGGCUCCUCUGCCGGCGGCUUGGGCGUCAUGCUGAAUCUGGAUCGCAUACGCGACUUUUUGAUCAACGAGAAGCAGCUGCAGGUCACGGUGCGUGGUGUAAGCGAUUCGGGUUGGUUUCUGGAUCGUGAGCCGUACACGCCCGCUGCAGUGGCCUCCAGCGAGGCAGUGCGUCAAGGCUGGAAGCUGUGGCAGGGACUGCUGCCUGAGGACUGCACCAAAGCGCAUGCUGCGGAGCCUUGGCGCUGCUACUUUGGCUACCGCUUGUAUCCCACGCUGAAAACGCCGCUUUUUGUCUUCCAGUGGCUUUUCGAUGAGGCUCAAAUGCGUGCCGACAAUGUGGGCGCUCCAGUGACGCCUCAGCAAUGGAAUUAUAUACAUGAAAUGGGCGGCGCCUUGCGCUCCUCGCUGGACAAUGUCAGCGCCGUCUUUGCGCCCAGCUGCAUUGGCCAUGCGGUGCUCUCCAAGCGCGACUGGGUCAACAUUAAGAUCGAUGACAUAUCGCUGCCCGCUGCGCUGCGCUGCUGGGAGCAUUCCACGCGUCAGCGUCGCAAGCGUCACGACAAGCUUAAGCGCUCCACCGAAGCCACUCUGACUGGCGAGCAGCAGCAGCUGCAUCCCAACAACAGCCAAAGACAUCAGCGUCAUCGUCAGCGUCUGCAGAAGCUUAACAAUGUGGCGCAAGCGCCGCCGCCGACGCAGCGCAAGCGCAAUCAUCUGAGCAAAGAACAGCGUGAGCAGCGCAAGCAGCGACGUCUGGAGCGACAGCGACGCAAACAGCGCAGACGCCAGCAGCAGCAGGCGCAAAACAAAUCCAAAAAUAAUAACAACAGCAAGCCACGUCGUCGUCUCACGCCCGAGCAGCAGCUGCAGCGUAAGCAGCAACGUCAGCGUCGACGCAAGCUGCAGCAGCAGCAGCAGCAGAGCCAGCAACAUGAGCUGCAACAGGAGCAGCAGCCUAGCGAGCCGCUCAAGCAUCGUGCCUCCAAUAGCGCCUCGAAAUCCGCCAGCAAACAGCGUCCACGUCUGCCGCGCGUCCCAGAAAAGUGUGAGCUGCGUCUGCUGGAGCGUUGCAGCUGGCCACAGUGCAAUCAUUCAUGCCCCACGCUCACCAAUCCGCUGACUGGCGAGGAGAUGCGAUUUCUCGAGCUACUCACGUCCUUUGGCUUGGAUAUUGAAGCAGUUGCUACUGCUUUGGGUGUGGAUAUGCAUACGCUUAAUAAUAUGGAGCGCACGGAGCUGGUCAAUCUGCUGACGCAGCAGGUGAGCUGAGUGAGCGCAGUGGCUGCCAAACUGUAAAUAACUUGUAUAUAGAUAUAGCCUAAGCGGUUUUUGUAUAAAGAAAAUAAUAUUUUAAAAUUCCUAAAAAAAAAAGACAUGCGCCUUGUAUCCCAGUAAUUAAGCAGAAUUUAUUUAUACACACACACACGCACAUACAAACACACACACACAUAUACAUAUACUCGUAUUUAAUUCGUUUUCAUUGCGCUACAACAAAAACAUUUAGCUGCGUUAUAUGAGAAACUAACACAA